AUGCGGCUACUGCAACGAGAUAAUGCUAACAAUUACACCCUUACGGACGAUCUGCGCGCUGACGACAUCCCCCCCUACGCAAUCCUUUCCCAUACCUGGGGCGCCGACGAGGUCAUUUACGCCGAUGUCAAAACGAGCUCAAAUGACUGGCAACAGAAAGCCGGCUACGAAAAGAUCAAAUUCUGCGCCGAUCAGGCUAAGCGACAUGGCCUGCAGCAUUUCUGGGUAGACUCCUGUUGUAUUGACAAAUCUGAUGCCAUCGAACUCCAGACUGCUAUCAACAGUAUGUUCAGGUGGUACCGUGGCGCCAAGCGAUGCUACGUGUUCCUGUCCGACGUCUCUUGUCCAUCGACAUCCGGUCCUCCGACCUCCAGUCAGCAGCCAGGCGUGGCAUCGUGGGAGUCGGUCUUCCGAAACAGUCGGUGGUUCACGCGUGGCUGGACACUUCAAGAGCUCAUCGCCCCGCAGAUUGUUGAGUUCUACUCAAAAGAAGGUGUCUUCUUGGGCGGUAAGGAGUCACUGGAGGCUGUCAUACGCAACGUGACAGGUAUUCCUGCCCGGGCUUUACGAAAUACACCGUUAUCCAACUUCACGACCUCCGAGCGAGAGGCAUGGGCACGCAACCGGGAAACGAAGUAUGAGGAAGACAUGGCAUACUCUCUUCUUGGGAUAUUUGGCGUUCACAUGCCACUCAUCUAUGGCGAGGGUCGCGAAAGCGCGCAGAGAAGAUUGCGGGAAGAGGUCCAGAAAUCUAUAAAAGGCGCUCACUAUAACGACUUUUCGAUCACCUUUAGCCUAUCGGGCGUCCCCGAGACCCCAAAUUUUGUGGCAAGAGAUGGGGAAGUAGAGGAGAUACGAAGAAUGCUACAUUCGGACGGAAGCCGUCACGUUGUCGUGCUCUAUGGCCUUGGAGGCAUCGGCAAGACACAGCUUGCUGCAACUUACAUCAAGCGGUAUCGAGACGAGUACUCGGCCAUCUUCUGGCUCAACAUCAAGGACGAAGCGUCCAUCCAGCAAAGCUUCGCUAGGAUCGCAACGCACAUCCUCGAACAGAGUACCGAUGCCGGCAGCCUCAAGGGGCUGAACCUGCAGCAAGACCACGACAAGAUUGUUCAGGCCGUGAACGCGUGGCUCAACUUGGCCGGCAACACGAGAUGGCUCAUUGUAUAUGACAACUACGACAACCCAAAGCUCCCAGGACGGAAAAUUGAUGCCACGGUCGACAUACACCAGUUUCUUCCAAUGGCAGAUCAAGGCUCAGUAGUGAUUACAACACGGGUGUCAGAAAUCAACAUAGGCCAUCACAUUCGAAUCAAGAAGCUCGAAUCCGAACAGGAGAGCCUACAGAUACUGUCGAAGACAUCAGGCCGAAAUGGCUUACAAGAUGACCUUGCACGAAAGCUAGACGGGCUUCCUCUCGCCCUAGCUACGGCCGGAGCAUAUCUGAAGCGCGUCCCGAUCAGCACACGCGACUACCUUCGCGACUACCAAGAAUCUUGGGCUAGAGUCACCGGUGACCUGCAUCUCGGAUCCUAUGCAGAUCGUACCUUGAGUUCAACAUGGCAGCUGUCAUAUGCGCAGGUACAGGCACAAAACCCACUUGCAGCCCAUCUGCUCCGUUGGUGGGCCUACUUCAACAAUGAAGACAUAUGGUUCGAUCUUGUACGCACUGGGAGCGAAGACGGUCUUGUGUGGAUGGAACAGCUUUCAGAAGAGCUGAACUUCAAUGAAGCUAUGGGCGUCCUCCACGACUACGGCCUUGUCGAACCCACAGCCAUGUUUCAGGAGCCACAGGGGUACAGCAUACAUAGCUGUCUACAUUCUUGGACGAUUCAUAUUUUAAACAAGGAACGGGACGGCUGGUUAAACAAGGUUGCAGUCGAAAGUGUGGCGUCGCAGGUUCCAUCAAACAGAGAAGCUGAGUAUUGGCUCCUUCAGAAGCGACUACUACCGCAUGCGAUCCGGUCUUGUUCAACAGUACAAGAGAGCAACGUUCCUUUGGACUGGGCUUUCCAUUCUCUAGGUAAUCUGUUCGCCGACGUGGGGAAGCUUGGCGAGGCUGAGAAGAUGUACUUGCGGGCGCUCGAUGGGAAAGAGAAGGCACUUGGACCAGAUCACACAUCAACACUCGACACAGUCAACAACCUUGGGAACCUUUACAAAAAUCGGGGGAAGCUGGACGAGGCUGAGAAGAUGUACUUACGGGCGCUCGAUGGGAAAGAGAAGGCACUUGGACCAGAUCACAUAUCAACACUCGACACAGUCAACAACCUUGGGGUCCUUUACAAAAAUCGGGGGAAGCUGGGCGAGGCUGAGAAGAUGUACUUACGGGCGCUCGAUGGGUGCGAGAAGGCACUUGGACCAGAUCACAUAUCAACACUCCACACAGUCAACAACCUUGGGAACCUUUACAAAAAUCGGGGGAAGCUGGACGAGGCUGAGAAGAUGUACUUGCGGGCGCUCGAUGGGUACGAGAAGGCACUUGGACCAGAUCACAUAUCAACACUCCACACAGUCAACAACCUUGGGAACCUUUACAAAAAUCGGGGGAAGCUGGACGAGGCUGAGAAGAUGUACUUGCGGGCGCUCGAUGGAUAUGAGCAAGCCGUUGGGAUUGAAAAUGUCACGACAUAUCGACCAGCGAUUAACACCCUUUCGAACCUGGGAUCUUUACGCUCAGAACAAAACCGUAUGAGCGAAGCCCGGCAAUAUUAUCAACGUGCUCACGGUGGUCUUAAGAAGGUUCUCGGGCCAUCGCAUCCGGCUGUCCAAUCAGCGCGGGAGACUCUCGAGCUUACGAAUGUGGCCCUCGAAGCUGGGACGUCUUCGAAGGAUAACCAACAUUUGGCUGAUCCAACACAAUCCAACCUGUCGAAGACCAGACGACGAAGCUGA